GGCGCACGUUGAGACGUUAGUUCUCCGCUCAGUCAGUUUAGUUAUCUGUUCUUUGGCACAAGUCACACCUCAUAGAGCAGGAGAGACUCUGCAGUGUCUUGGCAGCUGCGUGUAUCUCCCACCGACCGCGAUGCCUCCGCGGCCAAUGCCUGCCUCCUCCUCCGCGUCCACUUGACAACACACACCGAUAUGAAGUGAAGCUGCGCCGGACACACUAUCCUGAUAUCUAUAUGCCCCGGAGAGCUUCAUUCACGCACAGAAACCCCGUGACGAGAAUUGUUAAUGGAAAAUGGCGAUAGGCAAAGGGUCUUGCAGCAUCGUCUGCUUGGUAUCUAUCCAGAUUAUCUUGAUUUUCAGCGCGUCGUGGCCUGGAGCAGCGGGUCUCACAUUCCCUCAGCAAUACACGAUAAUGCACUGGGCCAGGCGUAUCGAGCAGGAGAUUGACAGAGUCUUUCAGCACAUCACUGGAGCUCAGCAGUUGAAAGGGAUAUACAAUGAAGAAAGGCGACGGUUUAGUCUGGUGAAGAAUCAGCCUCGGAGGAUUGUGGAGAAGGUGGCCUCAGAUAUAGAGAAACUCCUGGCUAAGAAGCGCAAAGCACUUGUUAGGUUAGCCAGUGAAGCAGAGCGGCUCCAGCGAGAGCAUAUAUGGCAGGAUGGAAUUAAGGAGCUGGACAUGGCUUACUAUGACUCCAAGGCAGAGAUGGAUUAUUACUCCAUGGAAGGAGAAGGAGAGGUGGAAAACCCCUCGCACAUCAAGCUGGAGUUUGUCUACGAUGCAAACUUCAAAAACGAUGUCAACUAUUCCUACACAGCUGUUCAGAUUCCUACAGAUAUUUAUAAAGGAGCUCCAGUCAUUCUGAAUGAGCUGAACUGGACGCAGGCGCUGGAGAAAGUUUUCAUGGAGAACAGUCAGGAGGAUCCGUCCCUUCUGUGGCAGGCGUUUGGCAGUGCGACGGGCGUCACUCGCUACUACCCAGCUUCACCUUGGAAGACCCCCAAUAAAAUUGACCUUUAUGACGUCAGGAGGGGGCCCUGGUACAUCCAGGGAGCCUCGUCCCCCAAAGAUAUGGUCAUUCUUGUGGAUGUGAGCGGCAGUGUCAGUGGUCUCACUCUGAAACUCAUCAAAGCGUCAGUGGAGGACUUGCUGGACACUUUGUCUGAUGAUGACUAUGUCAAUGUGGCCAGGUUUAACGAGAAGGCCGAGGCCGUGGUUCCCUGCUUCAAACAUCUUGUCCAGGCUAACGUCCGCAACAAAAAGAUCUUCAAAGAUGCUGUGAUUCAGAUGCAGGCUAAAGGCACCACUGACUACAAGUCUGGAUUUCAUUUUGCUUUCAACCAGCUGUUAAAUAAGACAAAUGUCCCUCGGGCCAACUGCAAUAAAAUAAUCAUGCUGUUUACUGAUGGAGGCGAAGACAGGGCUCAGGAUGUGUUCAUGCAGUACAACUGGCCCAACAAAACGGUUCGAGUAUUCACCUUUUCAGUGGGCCAGCACAACUAUGACGUCACACCUUUACAGUGGAUCGCCUGCACCAAUAAGGGUUACUAUUUUGAGAUCCGUUCCAUCUGUGCUAUAAGGAUUAACACCCAGGAAUACCUGGACGUGCUGGGGCGCCCCAUGGUUCUGGCAGGCAGCGAAGCCAAGCAGGUUCAGUGGACCAAUGUGUAUCAGGAUGCUUUGGGUCUUGGCAUGGUAGUAACUGGGACUUUGCCUGUGUUUAAUCUCACCAUGGAUGGAAAUUCACAGAAUCAGCUGAUUUUAGGUGUUAUGGGAGUCGACGUGCAUCUUGACGAGAUAAAGCGACUUACACCACGGUACAAUCUUGGAGCCAAUGGCUACAUAUAUGCCAUCGAUCCAAAUGGAUAUCUUCUCCUUCACCCUAAUCUUCAGCCAAAGCUGGUGAACUUCCUGGAGCCUGUGACGCUGGACUUCCUGGAUGCAGAGGUGGAGGACGUUAAUAAAGAGGAGAUCCGGCGACAAAUGAUUGAUGGAAGACCAGGUGAAAUGCAGGUCAAAACCCUUGUCAAGUCGAUUGAUGAGCAGUACAUUGAUGACGUCUACAGGAGUUACACCUGGACUCCCAUCAACGGUACAGAUUACAGUCUUGGUUUGGUAUUACCCACCUACAACGAGUACUUCAUCCAGGCAGACCUGAGUGAUGUGAUGCUGCAGCUCCAGUAUAUGCAGUCCCUGCUGCCCAGCUCCUUUGAAUCUUCAGGACAUGUGUUUCUUGCUCCAAGGGAAUACUGCAAACGUCUGCAUCUUUCUGACAACAACACCCAGUUUUUGCAGAACUUCCUCUCGCUCAUGCUGGAAAUUUCUCCAGAAUCUGAUGAGUGUGACCAAGGCCUCAUCCAUAACCUGAUUUUGGAUUCCAGGAUUAUCGGGCAGCUGGCCUCUCGUGUUUGGAAGAACAAGGACCUGAAUUCGUAUGGCUUCCUGGCUGUAUUUGCGUCCACUGAUGGAGGAAUAACACGUGUUUUUCCCAAUAUAGCUGCUGAGUUAUGGGCUGAGGAUCCUGAACCAUUCAAUUCAAACUACUACAGACGGAGCCUCGACAACAAAGGCUACAUGUUUAGAGCUCCAUCGAGAUCCUCAUUGGACGACCUUGUUGGUGGAGAAAACGGCACGGUUGGAAUUCUUGUUAGUUCGGCUGUGGAGGUUAAUUUAGGAGGCAAACUGCUCAAACCUUCAGUGGUCGGGGUGAAGCUGGACUUGGAGGCAUGGGUGGACAAGUUUAAGAUCCUGGCCAGCAACGUGUCGGACAGUCGACAGGGCUCACAGAAGUGUGGACCAUCCAGAAGCUGUGAGAUGGACUGUGAAGUGAACACUGAUGACCUCCUCUGCUAUCUCCUCGAUGAUGGUGGAUUUCUGGUUAUGUCCAAUCAGAGAGAUCACUGGAAAAAGAUUGGCCUUUUCUUCGGUGAUGUGGACCCUUACUUGAUGCACGCUCUCUACAACAACUCAAUCUUCAAUCGCCGUCAGUCUUUCCACUUCCAGUCUGCAUGUGAACCGGUUAACGACAGCCAAACGGGUUCAGCAACGAGGGGCAUCUUUGUGCCGUCCAUUGCUGACAUCCUCAGCUUGGCCUGGUGGACGUCCACAGUGGCAUGGUCUGUGACCCAGCAGCUCCUGUAUGGACUGGCAUACAACAGCUGGUUCUACCAAGAUGAUCUUCUGGUUGAUGGUUUUGAGACAAGGGAAAGCAGCUGUGUGACCAUCCAAAGCCAGUUCUACUUUACAAACACCACUAACUCCUACAACGUGCUGCAGGACUGCGGGAACUGCUCCCGGCUGUUCCACGCGAAGCGGAUAGAAAACACCAACCUCCUCUUUGUGGUCGCGGAGACGCUCCCCUGCAGCUCAUGUGAGAUAGAGAGACUGACACUGAUGAGGACAGAGUUUCAGGAGGAGAAUCCAUGCGAAGUACUGAGAAACGCGCGAUAUCGUAAAGGCCCAGCAUCAUGCUUUGACUACAGUGCCUUAGAAAACGCGUCAGAGUGUGGACGGGGUCAUGCCCUGCAGUCUUCAAUAGGAGUCCUUCUCUUUAUCCAGCUUAUUCUGCCUCUUGUUCAUCUCUGACACAUGCACACACUCUAACUUACAUCAUUCAUCUCUCUGUGUUGAGGCCCGGAUCUACUGAAGGUCAGAUCAAACAGCAAAUGCACAAUGAUUCUUUUUUGAUCUGCAAACGGCACACAGUGCAUUUGAGCUAAAAAAAGAAAUAUGUGGGUCUUAUUGUUAUUUGCCUUAUUGCUUAUGCAUUUGUUUGUGUUUCAGGGCUUGAGUGCCAAUUAUAGAAAGAGAAUGUGUUGAGUCUGCAUGCUAUAGGACAAGCACGUUUAACAUUUUCGCACAGGCUCAGCCAUUUAAGCAAACACCAAAACAUCAGGGACAGGGCGAAUAAAUUAUAACCCAGCUGGGACAAAUGUCAGUCUCAAUUUUAGGUUGGAUUGUGGUGGUCAAAAGAUGCAUUAUAAAACACUUCAGUUUGAUGUAUGUGCUUUGUGUUUAAUAACACAGUGGUUGAAAAAAACAUUCAGAUCUUAAACUUAAGUAAAGUCAUGCAUUUGAGAUUUCACUUAUGUAAACGAAUGGAAUUAUUGGCAACAAAAUUAACUUAAAGAGCCUGUGACACGAUUUUCCCCCAUCAUCCAAACCCAUCAAUUUGAGUAAAUAUUGUCCCCUUGAA